AUCUGUCAGCGGAGCCAGGGAGCCACCUCAAAGCAUAUCGGGUUACUUUGAAUGACAGCGUAACCAUGGCAAAUAAUUUGACUAAAACUAUUGUCUUAUCCUCACCAUCCCCGGGUCAGAUAACCAACCAAUCACAGUUCACAUAAUCGCUUUUCUUGCCAGCUUAGAAUAAUAUUAUUAAAACAAGCGAACGAGGCUAGUCUUUAGGAGUACGUUAUGUUGAAACGGUAUAGAAAAGGUGGCGAUCGACUCAGGGAGAAGAAAAACUUGGUUUCCUGGUAGUUUAAUUGGAAUGUCGUACAUAAUGUAUCUGUGAACAGGACUAAAAAAGUUUUCCAGUCGGAUUGGAUUUAUCAUCGUCCUUUUCAAACUCUUGCAACUCUGAAGUCUUGCCGUCUACGGACUUACAACGUUCGGCUUUUUGAUGUCUUAGUUUGAAAUACAACGUAAAACAAGACGAUAAACAUACCUGCUCAUUAAAUAGCAACCAUGUCUAUGCUUCCAACAUUUGGCUUUACGCAAGAGCAAGUCGCGUGCGUCUGUGAGGUUCUUCAACAAGGGGGCAACAUCGAACGUCUUGGUCGCUUUUUGUGGUCCUUACCAGCAUGCGAACACCUCCACAAGAACGAAAGCGUCCUGAAAGCAAAAGCAGUAGUUGCUUUUCACAGGGGUAAUUUCAGAGAGCUAUAUAAAAUUCUAGAGAGCCACCAAUUCUCUCCGCAUAAUCAUCCAAAGCUGCAGCAACUUUGGCUUAAGGCACACUACAUCGAGGCUGAAAAACUGCGGGGCCGCCCUCUCGGGGCUGUGGGAAAGUACCGCGUUCGCCGAAAGUUUCCCUUGCCCCGGUCAAUAUGGGACGGAGAGGAGACCAGUUACUGCUUCAAGGAAAAGAGCCGGAGCGUACUGAGGGAGUGGUACACUCACAAUCCGUACCCUUCCCCUCGAGAGAAGAGGGAGUUGGCCGAGGCCACUGGACUGACAACCACCCAAGUCAGUAACUGGUUCAAGAACAGACGGCAAAGGGACCGCGCGGCGGAGGCGAAGGAAAGGUACGAGGAAAACAACGAGAACUCUAAUACGAACAGCCAUAACCCAUUGACUUCUUCCAUGAAUGGAAAUAAAACCAUUUUGGGGAGCUCGGACGACGAUAAAACACCCUCGGGAACCCCUGAUCACACCUCGUCAAGCCCAGCUUUGCUCCUGACUUCAAACUCGGGGCUACCACCCUUGCACGGCCUCGCGCCACCGCCUGGUCCCAGUGCUAUUCCCGUUCCCAGCACGGACACCGUGCACCAUCACCAUUCUUUGCACGAUACUAUACUGAACCCUAUGUCGUCCAACCUGGUCGACCUCGGCUCUUAAACGAAGGGACUUCUUUUUAAAGGACAAUAAAAGAAUCGUGGACGCUCGAGAGAAGAAAAGCCAUCAGACACUUGAAGUGAUGUACAAAAACAAGCGAAAAGCCAGAGUCAGGAUGUUUUUGUCCGCACGGAGAGAGGAGAGAUGGUAGGCGUUUAAAGGUAUUUUAAUAGAAUGUAAUACAAAAAACAGUAACAAUAAAACGUCUUAAUUCUUGUUAUUAUUAGUUAUUAUUUUAGAGGACAGAUUUCAACAAAUCCGUAUACACUCAGUUGGAUACCCCAGCCAUUCUCUAUUUGUUUACGCACUGCAGAUUAUCAAAAAGGCCAUCUUUGGUUUUAUUUUUAUGGGGUAUCACAUUGGAGAUCUAUUAUAGGGGAAGAAGUCUUUGAAACAAAGAUUAAGAUUAUAAUCUCUUCUUUUUGUAUUUUAUUUUGGAAAGCGACUGCAUGUAAACUUUGCGAAUAAUAAAAAAUAUAAAUAAAUCGAUCCCACCAUAGUUUCAUAUACCCUUUACAAUAAAAACAAACAUUGAAUUUAUUAA